ACCUGAGAGUUAUAUUGAACUACAUUAGUUUACAAAAUAGUUUUUGUUGUGAUAUUUAUAGUUUACUACCUUUAGAAAUACUAGUUUUUCGUUUUGACUUAGUUUUAUACUCUUAAUUUUAAAAUUUGUGAUAAAAAAUUAAUAAAACCUACAAAAAUGUCUCUGACUUUCGAAGACUCGACUUUCAACCCCGAUGAUUUGUGGCAGAAAUUCGAUUUGUUCGAAGAUGUCGAUAGUAUUAUCAAAACAGAGUUCUUUGGUGGAGAAGAUUGGGAUAGUUUGGAUGGUGAAGGACUUUUUGAUAAGGAUAUUUUAACAGGAGAACAUUAUGAUGAGGAUGUCACAAAUGCUGAUAAGUUUUUGUUGAGGGAUUGUAUGUGGUCUGGACGUUGUGUUGAUGAAUCCAUCAGCAAAACACCAGUAGUUAAAAAAGAGCCUGUUGAAACCAAGAAGCCUAAUAAUGAUAGUCUGUUGUUGAAUAACAUCAAAAAGACUUGCAACGAACAAAGGUUGAAUAAACAAAGUUUGAACAAACCUGUACAACCUGGAAGGUCCUUGCUGUUGCGAUCGAGGUACAACAAUCCUCCACAGCCGGGUAAAAAAAUUGGUCAAACUAAUUUGUUACCUGUGAACCAAGGUUUUAACUCCUUGAAUUUGCUGCAAGUCAUCAAGCAAGUCGAAGACAAUGUCGACAAUUUUGAUAAAAAAUUCAAUAUGUUCCCAUCACCACCAGACAGCAGCGAGGAGAACGAAAACGAUGAUGACCAGAACAAAACCAAAAGUAUUUUACUAAAUCCUGACAUCAAAAUUAAACAAGAACCUGUCGACACCAAAACCAAGAACGACUUCGAUUUGUUCAACAACAAAAAACUAUUCUCCUUAAGUGACUCCGAAGAAUCUGGUUUGGACUUCGACAACGACAUGUUCUCCGACAACGAAUGCUUCACUUUUAAAUCCUUCAACGGCUUCGACAAUACCAAAAUCAAAUUAGAGAUGGACAGCGAAGACGAAGAGUCCUUUAACCUUAAGACUAAAAUUAAAAAGGAGCCAGUGUCUCCUAAGAAGACGAAUGACUUGACCAGGUUUAGGCAGCAGCAGGAGCAGCAGCAGAGGAUUGUAAGGAACAAUCCUUGUGAAACUGAUCAUUGUUACAGUUUAUUGAAACAUGACGGAGUGAGGGACAAAUCUCUGGACAGGAACAUGAUGGGCAUGCUGGGAGUGCAGACACCAUCCGACUCUGAAGAGGAAGAAAUCGACGUAGUAUCCUUAGGAGUAUCUCACAACCAACCAGAUUCUGGUUACUACAAUUCCAACAUCAGUUCCUUCAACAAUGGUAAAGCAAAUCUGCCAACAUGUCCAUCGAAGCAGGACAGAAGACAACUACAACUGGAAGUCACCAGGAAGAUCUCCGAGAGCAGCAGCAGAAUAAAACAAUG